CUACCCGCGCGCAGGCCAAGUUGCUGAAUCAAUGGAGCCCUCCCCAACCCGGGCGUUCCCCAGCGAGGCUUCCUUCCCAUCCUCCUGACCACGGGGGCUUUUCGUGAGCUCGUCUCUGAUCUCGCGCAAGAGUGACACACAGGUGUUCAAAGACGCUUCUGGGGAGUGAGGGAAGCGGUUUACGAGUGACUUGGCUGGAGCCUCGGGGGCGGGCACUGGCACGGAACACACCCUGAGGCCAGCCCUGGCUGCCCAGGCGGAGCUGCCUCUUCUCCCGGGUUGGUGGACCCGCUCGGUACGGAGUUGGAGAGGCUCUUUCACUUCAAAGGAUUGCUCAACAACCAUGCUGGGCAUCUGGACCCUCCUACCUCUGGUUCUUACGUCUGUUGCUAGAUUAUUGUCCAAAAGCGUUAAUGCCCAAGUGACUGAUAUCAACUCCAAGGGAUUGGAACUGAGGAAGACUGUUACUACAAUUGAGACUCAGAACUUGGAAGGCCUGCAUCAUGAUGGCCAAUUCUGCCAUAAGCCCUGUCCUCCAGGCGAAAGGAAAGCUAGGGACUGCACAGUCAAUGAGGAUGAACCAGACUGCGUGCCCUGCCAAGAAGGGAAGGAGUACACAGACAAAGUCCAUUUUUCUUCCAAAUGCAGAAGAUGUAGAUUGUGUGAUGAAGGACAUGGCUUAGAAGUGGAAAUAAACUGCACCCGGACCCAGAAUACCAAGUGCAGAUGUAAACCAAACUUUUUUUGUAACUCUGCUGUAUGUGAACACUGUGACCCUUGCACCAAAUGUGAACAUGGAAUCAUCAACGAAUGCACACUCACCAGCAAUACCAAGUGCAAAGAGGAAGGAUCCAGAUCUAACUUGUGGUGGUUUUGUCUUCUUCUUUUCCCAAUUCUACUAACUGUUUGGGUGAUGAGAAAGAAAAUACAGAAAACAUGCAGAAAGCACAGAAAGGAAAACCAAGGUCCUCAUGAAUCUCCAACCUUAAAUCCUGAAACAGUGGCAAUAAAUUUAUCUGAUGUUGACUUGAGUAAAUAUAUCACCACUAUUGCUGGAGUCAUGACACUAAGUCAAGUUAAAGGCUUUGUUCGAAAGAAUGGUGUCAAUGAAGCCAAAAUAGAUGAGAUCAAGAAUGACAAUGUCCAAGACACAGCAGAACAGAAAGUUCAGCUGCUUCGUAAUUGGCAUCAACUUCAUGGAAAGAAAGAUGCGUAUGACACAUUGAUUAAAGGUCUCAAAAAAGCCAAUCUUUGUACUCUUGCAGAGAAAAUUCAGACUAUCAUCCUCAAGGACAUUACUAGUGACUCAGAAAAUUCAAACUUCGGAAAUGAAAUCCAAAGCUUGGUCUAGAGUGAAAAACAACAAAUUCAGUUCUGAGUAUAUGCAGUUAGUGUUUGAAAAGAUUCUUAAUACCUGGCUGUAAAUACUGCUUGGUUUUUUACUGGGUACAUUUUAUCAUUUAUUAGCGCUGAAGAGCCAACAUAUUUAUAGAUUUUUAAUAUCUCAUGAUUCUGCCUCCAAGGAUGUUUAAAAUCUAGUUGGGAAGACAAACAUCAUCAAGAGUAAAUGCAGUGGCAUGCUAAGUACCCAAAUAGGAGUGUAUGCAGAGGAUGAAAGAUUAAGAUUAUGCUCUGGUAUCUAACAUGUGAUUCUGUAGUAUGAAUGUAAUCAGUUGUGUUAGUACAAAUGUCUAUCCACAGGCUAACCCCACUCCAUGAAUCAAUAGAAAAAGCUAUGACCUUUUGUUGAAAUAUCAGUUACUGAACAGGCCACUUUGCCUCUAAAUUACCUCUGAUAAUUCUAGAGAUUUUACCAUAUUUCUAAACUUUGUUUAUAGCUCUGAGAAGAUCAUAUUUAUGUAAAGUGUAUGCAUUUGAAUGCGGAAUUUAAAUAAGGCUCUACCUCAAAGACCUUUGCACAGAUUAUUGGUGUCAUAUUAUACAAUAUUUCAAUUAUGAAUUCACAUAGAAAACAUUAAAUUAUAAUGUUUGACUAUUAUAUAUGUGUAUGCAUUUUACUAGCUCAAAACUGCCUACUUCUUUCUCAGGUAUCAAAAGCAUUUUGAGCAGGAGAGUAUUACUAGAGCUUUGCCACCUCUCCAUUUUUGCCUUGGUGCUCAUCUUAAUGGCCUAAUGCACCCACAAACAUGGAAGUAUCACCAAAAAAAUACUUAAUAGUCCACCAAAAGGCAAGACUGUCCUUAGAAAUUCUAGCCUGGUUUGGAGAUACUAACUGCUCUCAGAGAAAGUAGCUUUGUGACAUGUCAUGAACCCACGUUUGCUAUCAAAGAUGAUAAAAUAGAUUCUUAUUUUUCCCCCACCCCCGAAAAUGUUCAAUAAUGUCCCACGUAAAACCUGCUACCAAUGGAAGCUUAUACCUAGCAAUAGUAAAAUCAUCAUCUGGAUUUAGGAAUUGCUCUUGUCAUGCCCUGAAGUUUCUUAGAUUUAAAAGCCUUCUCCUUACUGCUAUCCUACAUUUAAAUAUCUUUGAAAGUUUGUAUUAAAUGUGAAUUUUAAGAUAUAAUAUUUAUAUUUCUAUAAAUGUAAACUGUGAAGAUAGUUAUAAACUGAAGCAGAUACCUGGAACCACCUAAAGAACUUCCAUUUAUGGAGGAUUUUUUUGCCCCUUGUGUUUGGAAUUAUAAAAUAUAGGUAAAAAUACUUAAUUAUAAUAACGUUUUUGGUAUUUCUGGUUUUCUCUUUUUUGGUAGGGGCUUGCUUUUUGGUUUUGUGUUCCUUUUCUCUAACUGCUGCUAAAUAUAACUUGUUUAUGAAUCUUUAAUGCUUUUUGGGUCCCUUAGAAGGUACUUCCUUUUUAACCUUAACCCUUUUAGUAGUUAAAUAAUUAUUUCCAUAGGUUGCUACUGCCAAGAAGACCUCUUCCAGACAGCACAUGAUUAUUUGUCAAACAGCAUCAUAUUCCAGAUACUGGAAUGUGGAUAAGAAAGUAUACAUUUCAAGGGGUAGGUUUUAUUAUUAAGAAAGCCAAAUGAGGAUUUUGAAAUAUUCUUUCCUGCAUAUUAUCCAUUCUAGCUACAUGCUGGCCAGUAGGACAUCUUUCUUUUCUGCAAUUUAAUGCUAGUAAUAUAUUCUAUUUAACCCAUGACUCCCAAAGUAUUAGCAUUUCAACAUGUAAGCAUGUCGGUGAGAUAGUUGUGCUUUGCUUAGGGUUCCCUCCUGUGUUAUGGUCUGGAAAGUGUCUUUAGGCAGAAAGUCUGAGUGAUCAUAGGGUUCGCUCAUUAAUUUCUCUUCUCUGAGCGAUCACAGUCUGUGCUUUCUGCUCUCCAGUUUUCUAUUUCUAGACAGAAGGAGGGCAAGUCAGGUACUAGUUAUUCUUCAUGGCCAGAAGUGCAAGUUCUACUUUUCAAGGCAAGAUUAAGCUAGAGAACACCCUAUUCCACUUUGGUGAACUCAAAGCAAGAACUUUGAGUUCCUUUGGGAGGAGGGCAGUGGAGAAGUCUUUGUACUUGGUGUUGUGGCUUUUUUCCUCAUGGCUUCACCCAGUGGCCCCAAGCAUGACUUCUCCCAAGUCAACGAGCACAGCCAUGUUCCCGAGUUGAGGUGACCCCAUGGUCCAGAAUCAUCCUCAUUCUGGUGAACCUGGUUCUCUUUGUGGUGGGCAUACUGGGUAGGAGAAUCACCCAAAGGUCACUCAUGAUCUGCAGAAAAAAGGCUAUUUGCAGAAGGAGCUCACAGAUCACACUGAAAGCAUUGCAUGUUCAAACAUCUUGGUCUUCUUUAUUGGCAUGCCCACAGGCUCUUCUGACCUCUGAUUAGAUCAGACACUUUUUAGAUAUUGAAUCAUCAGUUUCUGUACAACUAUCUGAAUAAGGCAUAUCAUCAAUGAAAUUUAGAAUUUUUUCUAUGCUCACUCCUGAAUGGUAAUUUGUUUGGGUUUAGAAUUCUAUACCAGGCCAUUUGUAAUUUUCCUCAGCACUUUAAAAAUAUUAAACCAUGUUUUCUUAA